UGUGCCUUCCUUUGUCACGACGCAGUCUCCGUGGAGUCUCCGGUCGACUUACGGCUUCCUACUCCCUGCACGAAACCGCGUGUGGUCACUGUGCUGCUGGAAAAAGUGCAUCAUCUUAUCAUAUUGAGUUCAAAUCAGUGCGUACGUUUUACUUGCGGUAUUAUCCGAUUUUGCCCUCGCUGUCUGCAUUGUAGGCCUUCGCAAGCCGGUCCUCAUCUUUUCGUUGUUCUUACCUUUUCUUCAUUGUUGUCAAGAUGGUUAGAAAAGUUGUGGGUGUGCCUUCGGGUCUUAAAACAGCUGAUUCAGUUUACCUAUGCGGCUUAGAGAGAUGCUGUAUACCUGUAACCGACUUGUCGGGUGGUAUGCAAUGCGAUCUUUGUGGUAGAUGGUUCCAUGAGGCAUGCACCGGUUUGCCUGCUGAUCAGUAUGCUCUCCUGGCAAGCAAUGAGAGGUUCCUUUAUAGCUGUGAAGAUUGUUUUAAGCUGAAAGCUGAGCGCUUUGUAACCACGAAAGACUGUUUCGAUUCGCUCGUUUCCAGACUGACAAAUAUGGAACGAGUGUUUUCUUUGCUGCUGACAACUUUGGAUGGGAAAGUUGAAGGUUUACUAGAUCGUCUGACACCAUCCGUUGUUCACGCCCAGGUGAAAUUAGCGGACAGUAACACGCAAACGGAUUCAGUCGACUUAACACCCUAUCCAGCAACUGAUUGUGAGCUAGUUGGCGCUGAACAGUUGGAAAGAACCUUGCCAGCGAAACGUAAGCCGAGCAAGAAGAAGAAAACUGUAAACUUGCAAAAUGCGGUAGUCUCGGAGUGUACAGUGGAUCAGGUAAGCACGUCACUUGCAGAGCCUUCAGUACUAAGUCCUUCGGUGUCUCCUCCCAAAGACUCUUCGUACGCAGCUAGUGCAUCCAAGCAACCAGCCACCCAGUCGCAUGAUUCUAUGACUGUGGCGCGUGGAGUAGGCACCCCCCGCCGCAGUGACUCCUACACUGAUAGCAGUGUCAUCUUUAGGAAUGUCACGGAGUCCACCGCAGCUCUUCCAAAGGAGCGAAUGCUUGCUGACCUGCAAUGGUUUAAGAUUUGCAUUUCUAAACUGCUACCGCCCGGGUUUCCUGGCGUAACUGUACGGAAACUCAUUAGGCUUGGGUCUGUGCCGGUCGAUGCUUCGGGCGUCAAACCCCGUUUACUGAGAGUGGUUCUUUCAACACCGGACGAGCGUAAUACGCUUCUGCGUUUCGCUUUUAAACUCAAGGGUUCUGGGGUCAGUAUGCAACCUGACCUCCCAUUGACUGAUAGGUUGAAAUUGAAGGCCGCCAUAAAGGACCUCAAAGCCCGUCGCGAGGCGGGUGAAACUGGUCUUCGAUUGGUGGGUUUUCGGGUGGUGAGCCGGAGGUCUACUUCCGCCCUUUCAGAGCCCGUUCUGGUGGCACCCGAUCCCCGGCUCACGAUCCCAAUUUGCUUAAAGUAGUCCUCAGCAACGUGCGUAGUCUGAGGAACAAGAUGUGCGAGAUUGGCACUCUUGUAGAAAGUUCCCGGCCAGACGUACUCGCUUUCACUGAGACGUGGCUGUUCUCCGAUAUCCUGGACAGUGAAAUGUGUAUGCCUGGUUAUACCCUUCUGCGAGCUGAUCGCGCCUCAUGCUGUCGCGGAGGCGGAGUUGCUUUGUACGUCAAAUCCACCUUGACUAUUUCACGAACAUAUUCUUUCAGUUCCCCUGAUGUAACUGCCGAGGCGCUUGCGGUAGAUGUUUGCGCUUCUUUCACGCAAUUCAAAAUUGUGUUAGUAUACAGAAGCCCCGAAAGUACGUCAAGCAGGCUCAUUGAUUUCAUUCGUACUCAUACGACAAAUAGAUGUCUUGUUAUGGGUGAUUUUAAUGUUCCUGAGGUGGAUUGGCGCAAUUUCUGCACUGCGGCGACUGGACGUUUUUCAAAUGAUCUCCUUGACCUAUCCUUACAAGCAUCCCUUCAUCAGUUUGUACAAAGCCC